CCACACUUCCGCCCAGGAGUAGCUGGUGAAGAACAGCAGCUUCACUCACCGCUUUGAAACGGGCAGCUAAAGACAGGAAAAAAGCUUGCGUAGACGCAAAAAACAUUCCCAGAAAGUGUCAAGAAUAGGGUGCUGGUCACUCACGUCCUCAAACAAACAUGGGGGAUCUAUUUCGAAGCGAAGAGAUGACUCUGGCCCAGCUCUUCCUCCAGUCAGAGGCUGCGUACUGUUGUGUCAGCGAACUGGGGGAGAUCGGAAUGGUGCAGUUUCGUGAUCUAAACCCGGAUGUCAAUGUUUUCCAAAGAAAGUUUGUCAAUGAAGUACGACGAUGUGAGGAGAUGGAUCGCAAACUCAGAUUUGUAGAGAAGGAAAUCAAAAAGGCAGACAUUCCAAUUAUGGACACCGGCGAAAACCCUGAAGUCCCAUUUCCACGGGACAUGAUCGAUUUGGAGGCCACGUUUGAGAAGCUAGAGAAUGAGCUGAAAGAAAUCAACACGAACCAAGAAGCCUUGAAAAAGAACUUCCUGGAACUGACCGAGCUGAAACACAUUCUGCGACGCACACAACAGUUUUUUGAUGAGAUGGAAGAUCCAAGUUUAUUGGAGGAGUCCUCCACUCUCCUGGACCCCAAUGAGGUCAAUCGAGGAGCUCCUCUAAGACUUGGGUUUGUGGCUGGAGUCAUCGGUCGGGAACGUAUUCCCACAUUUGAACGAAUGUUGUGGAGAGUUUGCAGAGGAAAUGUGUUUUUGAGGCAGGCGGACAUCGAAGAUCCCCUGGAGGACCCUACAACGGGUGACCAAGUCCACAAGUCUGUCUUCAUCAUCUUCUUCCAGGGUGACCAGCUGAAGAACAGAGUGAAAAAGAUCUGUGAGGGGUUCAGAGCAACAUUGUAUCCAUGUCCGGAAACUCCUCAGGAGAGGAAGGAAAUGCUGGCAGGCGUGAACGCUCGCAUUGAUGACCUGCAGAUGGUGCUGAACCAAACCGAGGACCACAGGCAGAGGGUCCUGCAGGCCGCGGCCAAGACGGUGCGAGUGUGGUUCAUCAAAGUGAGGAAGAUGAAGGCCAUCUACCACACUCUGAACCUCUGCAACAUCGACGUGACGCAGAAGUGCCUGAUUGCUGAGGUGUGGUGUCCCAUCUCUGACAUGGACUCCAUUCAGUUCGCCCUGCGCAGAGGAACGGAAAAAAGUGGCUCCACUGUUCCGUCCAUCCUCAAUCGUAUGCAGACCAAGCAAACUCCUCCGACCUACAACAAAACAAACAAAUUCACAUCAGGAUUCCAGAAUAUUGUUGAUGCUUAUGGCAUUGGCAGCUACCGUGAGAUGAAUCCAGCACCAUACACCAUCAUCACCUUCCCCUUCUUGUUUGCGGUCAUGUUUGGUGACCUGGGUCACGGGACUCUCAUGACCUGUGCUGCUCUUUACCUUGUGUUGAGGGAGAAUAGGCUGAUGGCUCAGAAGAGUGAUAAUGAGAUGUUCGGCAUGGUGUUUGCUGGUCGCUAUAUAAUCCUGCUGAUGGGAAUCUUCUCCAUUUACACGGGAACCAUUUACAACGACUGCUUCUCCAAGUCGAUUAAUAUUUACGGUUCGGGCUGGAGUGUCAGGCCCAUGUUUAACCCGCGGGUUGGUGGCAAUUGGUCUGAGCAAACCCUGCUGGACAAUCGAGUUUUGCAGUUGGAUCCAGCAGUAGAUGGAGUCUUCAAUGGACCAUAUCCAAUUGGUAUUGAUCCGAUCUGGAACAUCGCUACGAACAAGCUGAACUUCCUCAACUCUUUCAAGAUGAAGAUGUCUGUCAUUCUGGGAGUCAUCCACAUGGCUUUUGGAGUCACUCUCAGUCUCUUCAAUCACCUGUAUUUCAAAAAGCCUCUGAAUAUCUACUUUGGCUUUAUCCCUGAGAUCAUCUUCCUGGUCAGUUUGUUUGGCUACUUGGUGCUCCUCAUCUUCUACAAAUGGGUUGCGUACAACGCACGGACCUCCAAGGAUGCUCCGAGUCUCCUCAUCUCUUUCAUCAACAUGUUCCUCUUUAACUACAGCGACCCCAGCAACAAGCCUUUAUACGCUGGACAGAUGGGCUUGCAGUCCUUCCUGGUGAUCCUUGCCUUGGCCUGUGUUCCGUGUAUGUUGGUAGUGAAAACUAUGAUGAUGCGAAGAGAAUACAUGUGGCGGAAAAACCUGGGCACGCAGAACUUCGGAGGAAUCCGGGUGGGGAACGGGCCCACGGAGGACGAGGCUGAAAUCAUUCAGCAUGAUCAACUCUCUCAACACUCGGAGGACGAGGCAGAGGCCCGAGAAGAGGAAGAGAUCGACUUUGCCGAUUUGGCGGUGCACCAGGCGAUCCACACCAUUGAGUACUGUCUGGGCUGCAUCUCCAACACAGCCUCGUACCUGCGGCUGUGGGCCCUCAGUCUGGCCCACGCAGAGCUGUCUGAGGUUCUGUGGUCCAUGGUCAUGCACAUUGGACUUUCAGCCAAAGGCAUCGGGGGCUUUGUGGUUCUCUCCAUCGUCUUUUUCUUCUUUGCGGUUCUCACAGUGUCAAUCCUCCUCAUCAUGGAGGGCCUGUCGGCAUUCCUGCACGCUCUCCGUCUGCACUGGGUGGAGUUCCAAAACAAGUUUUACACGGGACAGGGCUUCAAGUUCCUCCCCUUCACCUUUGAAAGCAUCCUGGAUGGGAAGUUUGAGGACUGAGGUCCUCCGCUGCUCUGUGUCGUGUUGAACUGUAGACGUGUGACAGUGUCGUUUUAACAAUUCUGAAGUUGUCCUCGAAGUGACUCCUGCAUCUGAAGAUGAAUCGCUGUUAAUGUUUGUGAUCUCUGAAAUGAAAACACUCAACACCACCACCAGUCAUUUGAUGUAUUUAUCGUCUCUUGUUUCUUUUAAAUCAAAGAGUUAUGGCUCCGGACGGUGAAGAAACGUCUGGAUCAGCUCAGAGGAAGUGAUUGACUCUACUUAUUGUGUGUGUGUGUCGUGUUGUAAGUGUUAUAUUAUUUAUGUGACUUGUUCUUGUAGGUUUUUGAAAAUCCUCUCGGCAGCACCGAUCACUGUUUUGAAAACUAAAGCCGUGCACAGAUCAUUGGCGGACUUCAUUCAUGAUGGAGUAUUUAUUGAUCCGCUUCCGUCGAUCCACUCUCGCCGUUCCUGCUGUAAUAAUCCUUUAUGUAACAUUUAUAAAUGUUGUCUUGACUGAAAACGCAGAACAAUUAUGCACAUGGUAACUCGUCGUGGAAAAAUAAACCUGCUCUGACAAAGUUUGUUG